ACAAUUAUUACUUCCCUAAUCCUUUCUUCACAUCAAACGCACUUAACGACACGCCCAAACGGGCUGCCUAACGAUCAUUACAAUACACACUUGUUUCUCUCUUAUAGAAAAGUUUUCUACCUUUCUAAUUUAUUUUCCCUCACUUUCUCUCUUUCCAAACGCAGCUGACAGCACCCUUUUAUUUUCUUUCUUUUAUCCUCUGACACUUCUCUGCAGCUUUCUAAUCGUACUUCUCUUGUCCUUGUUUACAAGAUUUUGUCUCUUUUCUCUCGAAAGCUCUUCAGCCUUUCGAUUCUCUAUCUCCGAUCAUGCUUCAAAGCUUAGUUCCUCAAUCGCCAAUCAAUUCUAGUUCUAAACCCAACAAUUCUACUUCCUCCAUGAAGACAAAGCGCGUCGACAAAGAGCUGGCGGGUGGGGACGCCUCAGGAGGCGCUGACGACCCUUCUGCCAAACGACCUAACUUCUCCACUGAGGCCACUGUCUCCGGCGACAAAACUACUGGCGAGGAAGAUUCCACGGAGUCCACUGGUCUCAGGCUCCUUGGCCUUUUGCUACAAUGCGCAGAGUGCGUUGCCAUGGACAACCUCGACGACGCGUCCGAUCUCCUUCCUGAGAUCUCCGAGCUCUCAUCUCCGUUCGGAUCGUCCCCUGAGCGCGUCGGUGCCUACUUCGCUCACGCGCUCCAUGCGCGUGUGGUAAGUUCCUGCUUGGGUACCUAUUCACCUCUCACCUCCAAAUCCCUAACCCUAACUCAGUCUCAAAAAAUCUUCAACGCGUUUCAGUCCUACAAUUCAAUCAGUCCGUUAAUCAAGUUCUCUCACUUCACUGCCAACCAAUCAAUUUUCCAAGCAUUGGACGGUGAGGAUCGUGUCCACGUCAUCGAUCUCGAUAUCAUGCAAGGCCUUCAAUGGCCAGGAUUGUUCCACAUACUUGCUUCAAGAACGAAGAAGGUCCGAUCCAUGAGAAUAACCGGGUUCGGAUCAUCCUCCGAGUUGCUCGAGUCAACAGGGAAGAGACUCGCAGAUUUCGCGAACUCACUAGGCCUGCCCUUCGAAUUCCAUCCUGUGGAGGGCAAAAUUGGAAAUGUGACAGAUGUUAGUCAACUCGGUGUUAGACCAAGGGAGGCGGUUGUGGUUCACUGGAUGCAUCACUGUCUUUACGAUAUAACUGGGAGCGAUUUAGGGACGUUGAGAUUGUUGACUUUGUUGAGGCCCAAAUUGAUCACGACCGUUGAACAAGACUUGAGCCAUGGAGGUAGUUUUUUAGGGAGGUUCGUGGAGGCUUUGCAUUAUUAUAGUGCUUUAUUUGAUGCGCUAGGGGAUGGAUUGGGUGCAGACAGCGUGGAGAGGCAUACAGUGGAGCAGCAGUUGUUUGGUUCGGAGAUUAGAAACAUUGUGGCUGUUGGUGGGCCCAAGAGGACCGGUGAGGUGAAGGUGGAGAGAUGGGGGGAUGAGUUGAGACGCGUCGGGUUUCAACCCGUUUCACUUGGCGGUAACCCGGCCGCCCAAGCUAGCCUGUUACUUGGUAUGUUCCCUUGGAAAGGAUAUACUUUGGUGGAGGAAAAUGGUUGCUUAAAAUUAGGAUGGAAAGAUUUGUCUUUGUUGACGGCCUCUGCGUGGCGGCCGUCGGAAUAAAUUACUUUUGAUCGAAUAGAUUACAAAACUGUGUUGAUUGAUGAAACCAAUGGGAUCAAUCAUUGGUGUGAUCGGAGGAGUCCAUCGACAAGUAGCUUUGAAUCAUCAUUUGGUAUUGAACUGUUGAUAAUGUUGAAAAAGUGAAGAGAAUUUCUCUCUUGUAAUAAUUUAUGAACAAAAAAAAAAAUGGUAGAAAUCCCUUGGUCCAA